CCCGCGCGCCCCCGCCCCGGCUCCGCUCCGCCCCUCGCGCGGGGUCCGCGUCUGCGGCUGCGUUCCCCGAAAGACAAGGCUGCGCCCGGGUUCUGGUCCGCAGGGAGACCGAAGGGCACGGCUCCCCGUGCCUCCCAGAGCGCCGGAGCGCCGACCCGCCAGGGAUGUGAGUGCGCCCCCGACCCGAGGCCCGCGCUCCACGCCCCGACCUGCGGCCUGCGCCCCGGAGGACCUCCGCCCACACCCCCCGCGCCUUCCCGAGGCCCGCCGGGAGCAUGCCGCCUGCGGCCAUGAACAGUGUCGGCCUGGUGCUGCUCGCCGGCCUGCUGUGCUCUGCGCCCGCUCACGGCCUGUGGUGCCAGGACUGCACCCUGACCACCAACUCGAGCCACUGCACCCCAAAGCAGUGUCAGCCGUCGGACACAGUGUGCGCCAGCGUGAGGAUCACCGACCCCAGCAGCAGCCGGAAAGACCACUCUGUCAACAAGAUGUGCGCCUCGUCUUGUGACUUCGUGAAGCGACACUUCUUCUCAGACUAUCUGAUGGGCUUCAUUAACUCUGGGAUCUUAAAAGUGGACGUGGACUGUUGUGGGGGAGACCUGUGCAACGGGGGGCCGGGGGUGGGUGGCAGCCCCUGGGCCCUGGCCGGGGGGCUCCUGCUCAGCCUGGGGCCUGCCGUCCUUGGGGCUGGGCCCUGA